AAACGCUAACCCUCUCAUCUUUCUCGCCGCUGCCGUCAAGCGAACUUGCCUCGGAAGGAGACGAAAUGGCCCCGAAGAAAGGAGUGAAAGUGGCUACCAAGAAGAAGCCGGAGAAAGUUACAAACCCUUUGUUUGAGAAGCGGCCCAAGCAGUUCGGUAUUGGUGGUGCCUUGCCUCCCAAGAAGGAUCUUUCUCGGUAUAUCAAAUGGCCAAAGGCUAUCCGCCUCCAGAGACAGAAGCGGAUCCUUAAGCAGAGGUUGAAGGUCCCACCCGCCCUUAACCAAUUCACUAAGACUCUUGACAAGAACCUAGCAACCAGCCUCUUUAAGCUCCUUCUUAAGUACAGACCAGAAGACAAGGCUGCCAAAAAGGAGCGUCUUCUCAAGAAGGCUCAAUCUGAGGCAGAGGGAAAGCCGUCCGACGCUAAGAAGCCUAUUGUUGUGAAGUAUGGCCUUAACCAUGUGACCUACCUCAUUGAGCAGAACAAGGCCCAACUUGUUGUGAUUGCUCAUGAUGUGGACCCAAUUGAGUUGGUCGUGUGGUUGCCUGCUCUGUGCAGAAAGAUGGAAGUCCCAUACUGCAUUGUGAAGGGGAAAUCACGUCUGGGAGCGGUUGUUCACAAGAAGACUGCUUCCUGCUUGUGUCUGACCACUGUCAAGAACGAGGACAAGCUAGAGUUCAGCAAAAUCCUCGAGGCCAUCAAGGCUAACUUCAACGACAAGUACGAUGAAUACAGAAAGAAGUGGGGAGGUGGCAUAAUGGGAUCCAAAUCUCAGGCCAAGACCAAAGCCAAGGAGAGGGUUCUUGCAAAGGAGGCUGCCCAGAGGAUGAGCUAAGGCUCUUUUUGUUAUUAUUAUCUACUCUUAAAAUGUCAUUUUCCAUUGUUCUACCUCUCUUAUUUUACGUUUUGGUUUAUUGAAUCCUCCAGACACCCUAUUAGUCCAAUCACUCUGUUUUUGUUCGGACUGUUGAUGAUACGAUGUCGUUUUAGGUUUCAAACCUGGGGAUGUGAUUCUGGAUUUUGGGUUUAAAUUAGGGUUACAGACCAA